AAUUGUACUACCGGUGUUGAAAACAUCCCUGCACAACGUCGGCAGUGAAACGCAGCUAUAGCGACAGUAUCAAGAGUCCCACGUGUUUUUGUUUUCACUGCUGUAAACUCGUGUGCUGACAUUCAUGGCGAAGAGACUCGCCGAGGAGACUCUGCUGCACGGCUCUCCCUCCAAAAGAUGCUACCGCUCUCUUAGCAGCGUAGAGCUGCAGCUGGAAAGCAUGGCCGAGACCGGGGGUGUGAGCCCUCCGUCCCUCCUGGGUCUGAUGGGCAGCCGCUGCAGAAAGCGGCCGCACACUUUUGGAGACCCCGAGAAACAAGAACAAGAAGAAGAAGAAGAAGGAGCACCCCUUAGUUGCAAGCCCGCACACUGCGACACAAGGAAGCAUGCAGCUGAUAUGACGGCCCUGCAGACUGCUGGGAGUCUGCAGGGCCGUCGCGGCUCCAGCACGAGCUCCAAGAAGCGACCUCGAGACGACUGCGCGGGGUUAGAGACUGCCAUUCCUAAAGCUAAUCAUGAGGCUGAUGAGGACCACGACACUGAGGACUGCACUUUCAACUCCUACCAGUUCUGGAGGGUCCCCUUACCUGAACUGGACCUUUCACUGCUGGACGAUGCUAACCAUUCCCAAAGUAAAGACGAGCCAAAGGUCAAAGGCUCUUAUUCUGAUGCCAUGGAAACCUGAAGGUGACGGGUGCAAGCGUGUCUGCUCUACUCUGUCCUCACAUCAGCACUCGCACGUGAUGAUGAAAAUGUGAUGCUUUUCAGCCGAUAGAGACAUUAAAAGCACGUUAUGGUUGCUUGAAAUGUAUCCAGGAGAGAUGCAACAACCUGAUGUCGCAGACUGCCUUAGUAUCCCUGUCAGUGAUAUAUGCUUUAAGUCCACCUCAUGCAGGUCUGAGAUAUUAGUGACUUCGGUGAAGCAACAUUGAGAUCUGCACUGAAGCAUACUGCUCCUACAGUGGUGACCAAAACUGUAGAGACAUUUUAGUAAACCAGACAGUCUGGUGUACAAUUGUGACUUAGCUUUUUGUUUUUAUAAAUAUAUAAUGUUUAUUAAAAAGAGUUAGUUAAAAAGCAGGGUCUGCACAUUACAGUUCCUAUCAUAAUCACUCUAAUACCUUAUGUUGUUUUGUUUAACUAGUUUGGACAUUGUUGUUAGUAGAUUUUAUGACUGUGUUAGAGAUGUUUGAUACAACCCUUUAUUAAAGGCUUAAGUGUAUGCUGUAUUAACAAUUUUAUUGCUUGUUACUAAUACACCUCAUUGUCAAUCAUUGCUGAUUGUCCCAACCCCUUUUUUAUUGACAAUA